AUGUUCCUCCUCAUGUUUGAGAACAAGCUUGGAUCCGCCCCGCCGAAUGAGAGAGGUACAAAAGUUGGACGGACACUAGAUCUCGGCACUGGAAGCAGGAUAUGGGCCAUGGAGUUUGGUGAUGAACAUCCUGAAGCGGAGGUCUUUGGAGUCAAUCUUUCUGCAACCUGGCCAAAUUACAUGGGACCGAACGUGAAAUUUGUGAUAGAUGACGUUGAGGAGCCCUGGACUUAUGACAAGCCGUUUGAUUACAUCCACAGCCGCAUGAUGGCGUCUUCCAUCGGAGAUUGGGAGAACAACCUGAAUGCUGGCGGGUAUCUAGAACUCAAUGAGUUCGACAUCAUUCCCACGUCCGAUGACGGAUCAUUAAGGGAAGAUUCCGCAAUGCUGAAGUCAUCUCACAUGAUCAAAAAAGCUGCUGCGAUAUUUGGACGCCCAUUCCGGGAUGUUGUGGGACUAGCAGACCUGAUGAAGGGCAUUGGCUUCAGGGAUGUUUACAUCAAACGAUUCAGAUGGCCGACCAACGCAUGGCCUAGAGACCCUAGGCACAAGGAGUUGGGACUUUGGAAUAACGAAAACAUCACAUGUGGGUGGGAAGGCUUCUGUAUGGCGCCGUUCACGAGGGCGCUGAACUGGACGAGGGAAGAAGUUCUGCUUCUCAUGGACCAGGUUCGCCAUGAGUUCAACGACAAAAGUAUUCAUGCAUACUUCAACGUAUGGUCGAUCCACGGCAGGAAGCCGACGGCAGAAGCGAUAAAGUUUGGGGAAGGCAACUGA